AUGGACGCCAACGGCCACUACUCGGAGCAAUUCCCCGGUACAUACGAGCAGAGCACUCUGCCCGUGCUGUCUCGACCUCCCCCGGAGGUACCGUGGCCUGCUACCGAUCAGGUUCAUAUCGCCGACCCUUAUACCAUCCCUCGCCCUGACGGGCUCACCCCGCAGACCCCCCAGGUCGCCGCACCAGCUCCCAAGCCAGUCACGCAGGCCUCAAGCAGCGAGAAAAAUGCAUCCUCCAAGGUCCGCAAGCCCCGAAAGUCCGCCAAUGCAGCAGCAGCAGGGAAGUCGACGCUGUUCUGGGUGCAUACAGAUCAGGAGUCGGCGGCGGGCGGGACAAAAGAAGAGACUUUGAAGCGGAUCCGGUCCCACGUUAUGUCCGAGCAUAAUCGCAAGAAGCGCCUGGAGAAUACAAAGCGCUAUAAGAGCAAGUCUUUCAAACACUUGGCUUUCCAGCCGCCAGAGACGGCGCCCGGGGCUCUGGGGCCGCCUCGUCCUCCGCUGGUUACUUCGUCAACCUCAUCGACUUCAUCGUCUUCGUCUAGCAGUCGGCGCAGCUCGCAGGUCAUGGAGCAGAUCAAUCACAGUCAGGAAUUGAUGCCCGUGACCACCGCUGCGACUGGAUCCUACUACUCCGUUGGCGCAGUGGAAGCGUGGGAUGACUCAUGGGAUGAUAGUAAUUUAGACGAAGUGGUGGGCUAUCAAGUUAGACAGUCGGAGCCGGCGCCGACUGUAUGGACGUAUAUAGGAUCAGGUGCGCGCGAUCCGUUUAACACGGGGCAUACACAGCUCACGGAUCGGAUGAUGCGCCAUCUGCAGAACUUCCUUUGGGAUCUGACGCAGCAAGCCCAUCCGUUGCAGACGCGGUAUAAGCCUAAAUUGCAGGCACAUUGGGCUGCUCUUAUUCAGCGUGACCCGGCUAUUCUCCACGCGACGAUCUGCAUGUCCACUUCUAAUGCGGCAGUGCAACGGGGCGAAUUGCCGGUCCGAGAUCCCAAUCAGCCACGCAGUGCACUCGUGAUUGAUACUUUCCACCAUCGUGGUGAGACUAUUAGAUUGGUGAACGAGGGUUUGUCGGACCCGGUGAAGGCGUCCAGUGAUGAGUUGAUUGCGGCGGUGUCUACCUUGUUGACUAUCGAGAUCGCAUCAGGCAACCCCGAUUAUCUGAAGAUUCAUCUGGCUGGUCUGCGACAGAUGAUUGGGCUGCGCAAGAACUUCGCCGAUGUUCCUCCAGAUGUCCGCUUCCAGAUAUCAUGGACAGAUAUUCGGGUUGCUUGUAUGGCACUCGCCAAACCUAUCUUCCCUUUCGUACGAUCUCCACGCCCACCAGGCUUGUCUCUUCUCCCGCCCACGGACGAUGUGGCUCUCACGGCGACGCGUCUGAUCCCGUUGAUCAAAAUCCCCGGCAUCUUCAGCGACUUAUUUGCCAAAACUAUAUACGAUCUUCUUGAACUCUCCUGGUACGCAGAAUGGAUCAAAGGUAACACAGGAUACAAAGAAUUCAACGACGACACGGAAGACUACUUUAACUUCGAGGUACUCUAUGUGGAGUACUCCCUACACUCGGACCGGUACACACCAACCGGCCAAGUCAAGGGCGAUAACUCAAUCGAGGGCUGCUGCCGCCUCGCCUGUCUGUGUUUCCACAACAGCGCCAUCUGGAACUUCUACCCCAUGUUGGCGCCAGUCCUCCCCAAGCCCAUUCUCGCCCUACGUACCGCGCUCGAAGCGACCAUCCCGUCUGGGCUUUUCGCCCUCUGCCGAGACCUCCUGAUAUGGCUCCUUUUCACCGGCGCAGUAUGCAGCCAAUGUAUGCCGACAGAGCGAGCCUACUUCGUGUCGGAGCUAGCGACAGCAGCCCGUCUGCACGGUGUUAACUCUUGGCAAGAGGCCCGCUCGAUCCUGCUUGGCUUCUUCUAUGCCGACCGUGUCCACCUGCCCAUGCUGCGUCAGGUGUGGCAGGAAGUGCAGCUGCAGGUGGAGCCGACUGCGUGA